CGACUGUUGUAUAGAUUUCGUGUACGUAUGUAGUUCGUUGAAAGUAGCAAACAUUUUGAUAAAGAUGGUGGAGACAGCGAUGACCAGUUAGCAAAACAGUAAAGUACAUUGCUCAUGCGUAAUGGAGUAAUAGUGUAUAUUAUAAACGUUUACGAAAAUAUUUUUAUUGAAAUUUAUUGUAAAUUUCUUGCAAUAAUUUGAAAAUAAAUUUGUAAAUUUAAUUUGAUAGUAUGUGCAAAUAAAAAAUUUGUCUUUCAUUCCAUCUAUUCCAAACCAUUUAUAUGUGAGAAAAUACAUUUAUCACAUUUUAUAGUUUUAUUAAAUAAUUAUGGGAAGCGAAGGAAUAGAAAUGAAUCAGAGUUUAGCCCAGAGGCUUCUCUUUGAAGGUGCUACAAUAGUUAUGUUAGAUGUACCUGUUGGCACGGAAUUUGGGAUUGAUUUAAAAUCAUGGAAUACAGCGGAUAGGUUUAAAGGUGUUAAAAUGAUUCCACCAGGAUUUCACUAUGUUCAUUAUAGUGCUGUAGAUGAAUUUGGAGAAGCAACACCUAAAAUUGGCUUUUUUCACACAUUUAAAAAAUCUGAAUUUCUAGUGAAACGUUGGGAUGCAAAGGAAGAAGAUCUGAGUUCAGAAAUUGUAGAAGAAGAAAUGGUCGAAAGAUUAAAGAGUAAUUUGAAAGAUUUAGAUAGAUUUUUAGGAUGUUACCCUUAUGAUAUAUGGAAACAGUGGAAGGAGUUAACAAAUCAUAUUACUCCUCCACUUGUUGAACGUUGUUCACCUAUAUGUGGUUUUGUAAGGUCAGCAUUAGAAUUAGAAUAUUGCACUGAUGCUGCAAGACCAAGAGGUGGAGAAUCAAACCCUAAAAAAAGAAGGAGUGGAAUUACUGUGGAGGAAAAAGAAGAUGAGCUUCUUCCUGAUAUGAAACCUAAACCUGGUACAGAACUUCGACUUUCGAAAAUACCUGAUAAACAAUAUCCAGAUGGAGCAUCACCAACUGAGAUUACGAAGCAUUCUUUGGAUACAAGUUAUGCACUGGACACUAUCCUUAAGCAAUUGACACUUCCUAUGGAGAUAAUUGGAGAAAUCCAGUUAGCAUUUGUCUGUUUUCUUGUUGGACAAAGUCUUGAUGCCUUUGAACAUUGGAAGAAACUUGUAUCUCUCAUCUGUGGCGCUGAUUGUGCAAUAUCACAACGCCGCGCGAUUUUCAUUGAAUUUAUGAAAGUAUUAGAGAUUCAAUUGAUGCAUGUACCUGAAGAUAUACUUUGUGAUAUUGUAGCCAAUAAUAAUUUUGUUUAUCACAAUUUGCGUAAAUUGUUCGCAAAUAUUGAAAUUAAUUCUGAAUUAGAUGGACGCUUGAAAUCUUAUACAGUGAGAUUUAGUGGACGAUUGUCUACAAAAUUUUUGUGGGAUUUUUCUAAUUUACAGGAAGAGACUGAAGAUGAAGCACCUGUUGUUGUUUCGUUAGAAUAAUAUUGUAUAUAUUUCGUAUAAAUACAUAGUUAUAAUAUGUAUAAUAUAAAACAAGUAUAGUUUUACUUUAUACUUUGUAUAUGAAUAAUAUGUAUAAAUAAUAUGUAUAAAUAAAGAUAAAUAAAUAAAAACUUUCUUAUUUUGAUAAAACCAAUUUCAUUUUGAAUUAUUUAUAUUAAAUACAUUUAUAUUAAGUACGUUUGAAAAUAUUGGAAUAAAAUUUCAAUCAAUCGCUGGUAUGUAUGUUAAGGAAAUAAUGGACAAUCUAGUAUGUGCUUCUUCAUGGGAAAGAAUUAGAGUCGCUAAAAAAUAAAAAAAAAUAUUAAUUUCUAAUAUUAAUAGCUAUAA